AUGGAUGAUGAAAAAAAGAAAAAAAAGGGUAAUAAAUUGGAUUUAAACUUAUUGCCUUCAUCUCUAAAAGAGCGCUAUGCAGCAAUGGGAAUACUUCCGAAACCAUAAAUUCCUAAGGCCAAUAUUUAAGUUGAUGUAUAGAGAAUGAAAUAGAAAAAAAUGGAGAAAGAGUAGCCAAUUGAAUAAAAAUUAGAGAGUGUUGAAAUCAAGGCAAGUGAAAAAAAAUAACUAGAAAAAGUGUUCUAGAUGCUUAAAAAGAAAGAUGUUGAUUAUUUUGACAUGAAAGAUGUUGAUAAAAUGCUUAGAUUUUUAGGAGUAGCACUGACUAAAUCUGAAAUUGAUCUUAUGUUGUGGGAAGUUGAUGAAAAUCUUGAUGGUAAAGUUAGCUGGACUGAAUUUUUGAAUAUGUACAAGAAAUGCACAAUUGAUAAAACAGGGCUAGAACCUAAGAGUUUGUAUCAUAUGGUCUAAUUUCUAAUGUAUUUACCUCCAGAUAGAAAAGAUCCAAAAAUAACAGUUGAAGACACAUUGGAGUUGCUUUACGUGAGGUUUGGAAGGCAAUCAUUAGAUUCAGAGAUUCAUGCAAUAUUUGGAGAUGAAGAAAAGAGUAAGGACGGACAAGAAAAGGCGAUAUCAUUUAGUGAGUAUAUGGAGAAAAUCAAUGAAAGAGCAAUUCAAUAAAGGAAGCUAAGAAAGGAAGAAUAAAAAUAAUAAUUUUAAUAUUUUAAGAAGGAGAAAAAUGGAUCUUGAAUCAUUAUCUAAAAAAACUUGCUAGAAUUUUAAUAUCAAAACUAUUAA